UAACAGAAGCAACAGGUCAUUUCUCCGGUCGCGGGGAGCGCCGCCAGGCCUCAGUAUCCCCGAGCCCCGGCCCCGGCUCAGUCGCGAUUCGUACGCCGUAGUGACGGCACGCUCCGCCGGCGCGCUAACCGACGAUCGCUACACACUUUCGAACGAUUACAUCGCGCGAGUUAUGUGCACGAACGUACGCACCGGGUCUCACUGUUUGGGUAGCUAUUCGUGACAGUGCAAAUGUCUCCGAGUCUGGAAGGGAUCAUGUUCAACAGGAACACUAACCUCUCGGCGCGCCGACCUUUGUUGGCGGAGGCGCAAAAGCCUCCAGUGGUAGCUCCGCGCGUGCCUCCCCGCGACACCGGCCCACACCGGCCUUUGCCUGCACCCAGGAACCUGCCUGGCGACUGCUCCUAUGAGUACAGACCCGAUUAUUGGAAGCCAUCGAAUGUUGAGCUCGAGAGGCGACUCCAAGAGACACGAGCGCGCGAGAAAAUUGGAUACUUCCAAGACAAAGUAACGUCUCCCGACCUGAGUUUGGAUCGAAGGGAGGCGGAGCUGGUUUUUAGAUUCGACCCUCACGAAUCUGCGGAACACCUGUCGAACCAGUACAGCGCUCCCGCAGUGCAUUACGCGAAGCCCGCGUCUCCUGCGAACGGGUUCGGCGCCCGUGCGCCGGAGCGUGAUGGUCCCUUCGUGUUCGGAGUGCACAGUCCCAGCCACUUUCCCAUCCCGCGGCGGGACGACGACGAUUACGAUUAUUCCGAAGUAGCCGAGGAGAACGGUCGCACGGUGAUACGAGACGACGUGUCCGAGGACUUGAACUGCUGUGAUAAAGUGAAUGAUUGGGCAGUGCGAGAUAAAAAGAGCAGACGGACCUUGAAUCGAAUGUUUCAGAUAAAGGAUAGAAGAACGGUUAAAGGUGGAAAAAAAGAAAAGAUAAAGUGCGUAUUGGUGGGUGAUGGAGCUGUCGGGAAGAGUUCUUUGAUAGCUGCUUACGCGCAAGACACCUUUCGGGAGGAGUACCAGCCGACCGCACACGAUACAUUUAAUGUUGUUGUUGACGUGGACGACAGACCAGUCUGCGUGGAAAUAUGUGAUACUGCCGGACAGGACUCAAUGUCUGAGCUCCGCGAGCUGUGCUACCCGGGCACCGACGUGCUGAUGCUGUGCUUCUCUCUGGUGAGGCCGGAGACGUUCCGCUCGGUGGCCGAGCGGUGGACCAAGGCGGUGGCCAACGUCAACGCGCCGCUCAUCCUGGUCGGCACGCAGAGCGACUUACUACAAGACUCCAGAGUGCUACACACUUUGAGGAGCCGAGGCGAGCAGGUCGUGACUGAAGUGGAAGCGAGGGCCUUGGCAGCCAAAAUUAACGCCGUGUACAUCGAAACCUCCGCCAAAACACGGAAACAGUUGAAAGACGCCUUCGACGCCGCCAUUUUGGCGGGGCUGCCAGUGAUACAGACCAAGAGACCAUUCUGGAAGAAAUUGUUUUGUAUAAAUUAAUAGAUUUUAGAAAAAUGUUACAUGUGGCCUAUUUUCUGAAUGCGUAUUUAGCAAAAUUGUUUGUACAGUGUACUUAUAAAUAAAGUUUAAUGACAGGAAAUCUGAAAGUAAGUAGUUAGCGAGUUUUUUGAAAGGUAAAAGUGAUUGUUAUGCAUGUGAAAUGUAAUGUUAUGUGAUGAGUCGGCCUGGAUAAAUUAGCAUUCAAUUAUUCUACGUUAAUAAUAUCGAUAUUUAAUAAAAUCAACAAUUGUAUAGCCGAAAGUGCCUUAUUCGUUUGAAGUAGGAUUAUCUAAUAGAAAACGAAUUACGAACGUUUUGUUAUUCAAAAUAUCUUGAACUGUGAUAUUUAUUGUAUUGAGUUAUUUUCUCAUCUACGUAGUUCUCAUAGUAUGUAUUACUAUAUAAAGUAUUUUUUGAGUAAUGCACAAUGUAAAACCUGUACGUUUUUUCGUUGUCAUUAAUAUUUUCAUGUGAUUAUCUGCCACUUCGUUUUUGUAUUAUUGAUACGCUUCAAAAUAGCCAAUGUAUUUUUUCAUAAGAACUAAUAUUUCAUCACGUAUUUUACAUAUCAAUUUAAUUCGGAUUUAAUCAUUCACAAAUUGCUAUGCAUAUUAAACAAUAAAAAAAUAGAUAAUCCUACUUCAAACUGCUGAAAUUGUUGCAGAUCAUUUAGUUAAAUUAUAAAAUUAGCUUGAACGUAUGGAAUAAUGUGUAUCCUGUAAUAAUUUAAUGAUUAGUUGUAUUGAUUGUUGUACAGUAGAAUGUUAAUCACUACGACACGUGGCUACGUUGUUGCUGUAGGUGUAUAUAACGGAUACUUAUUUUAAAUGUUGUUUUGAUACUCAACACGAACUGAUAAUUAUAUUUUAUUAUGACUAUAAA